GAAUUUAGCGGAAAAUAAAGUAAGUAUAGAUUAAGCUACCAAAUACGAUUUUUAUAAGUAAAAUGGUAUAUUUAUUUCUAGAGUUUUGAAGUAAUUUUUAUUUUACUUUCAAUUAUUCAUUAUGGAAAGAAACCAAUUCUUACAUAGGCAGGCAUUAAGCGGUCAAUCUAGGGUGAUAAUAGCAAAUGUUUAUAGGGUUUGCGAUGAAGAAGCUCUAGCCAACGCAUUUAAAUUGCCUCUUAAAAGAAAGAUUGAUCGAGUUGCUCUGUAUACUGGAGUCUCUAAAGAUAGAGUAAGUCAAAUUCAUAAAGAAGCUAUGAAACGACAGGCAGAACAUCCAGAUCAGAUGCUUUCUUCCCCACCUAAUAAAAAAUCUCGAAUCUGUCUCUUAAGGGAUUUUGACGACUUUUCAAUUAUAACACGCACAAUCAACAAUUUUUAUUUAGAGCUUAAGAUGGUUCCCACUGUUAAUAAAUUACUUAUUAAGUUACGAGAAAUUAUGAAUUUCCCGUAUAGCAGAGAAACCUUGAGAAAGCUUUUGAAGGCUAACGGAUUUUACUUUAGAAAGUGUCAAAAUAAAAGAAAAAUCUUGGUGGAGCGACCUGCUAUUCUUCAUUGGCGCUAUAAAUAUAUAAGAGCAAUUAGAAAAUAUAGGGAAGAAGGAAGAAAUAUUGUGUACCUUGACGAAACAUGGGUGGAUAAUGACUUAACUUUCGGAAAAUGUUGGCAAAGCAAUGAAGUUUUUGGGGUUGUUAGCAACAUUAGAGCAAAUGGUCGAUUAGUAAUUGUUCACGCCGGAUCUCAAAGUGGCUUUAUACACAACGCUGGUCUUGUUUUUAAAGCGGGUCAAGCUAGUGGCGACUAUCACGGCCAAAUGAAUAAAGCCAAUUUUACUAAGUGGUUAGAAGAAAAAUUGUUACCGAAUAUUCCUCAAAAUUCGGUAAUUAUACUGGACAAUGCACCCUACCACUCAGUUCAAGAAAACAAAGUACCAACCAAAUCAUCUAUUAAAAAGGACAUGACAGAAUGGCUCACCAAGAAUGGAAUUCAACACGACCCAGCUGCACGAAAAUGGGAAUUAUUUGAAAUAAUUCAACGAAACAAGCCCCCCAGUGAUGAAAAAAACUAUGUUGUGGACCGAAUAAUUCGGACCCAUGGGCAUGUUGCUCUUCGCACACCUCCAUACAUGUGCGAAUUAAAUCCGAUCGAAUUGGUUUGGGCGCAACUAAAAAAUUAUAUUCGAUCUCACAAUACAACAGGUGAUUUGGCAAUGAAAAAUUUGGCACAGUUAGUCCAGGACGGAAUUGAGUCUUUAACUCCUUUACACUGGGUAAACUGUUGCAAACAUGUCAUGGAGAUUGAAAAUAAAUUCUGGGAGACUGAUCAAAUAAUGGAGGAAGUCGAACAACUUAUUAUUACGAAUGCUGGUGAUACAAUUUUUGACUCCUAA